AUGGAGGGUGGUUCUUCAGGUUUAAACAUCUCUAAUGUUUCAGAUCGUUCACAUUGCUUAGUUAAAGUAGAUGAUCCUAUUGUAAGAGGUUUGGAAUGUGAAGAUGUUAGUUUGCGUCAAUGGUUAGAUAAUCCAGAGAGAUCAGUUGAUGCUUUUGAAUGUUUUCAUGUUUUUCGACAAAUCGUUGAGAUUGUUAAUGUAGCUCGUUCUCAAGGCAUUGUUGUUCAUAAUGUUAGACCUUCUUGUUUCGUUAUGUCUUCUUUUAACCAUGUUUCGUUUAUCGAAUCCGCUUCUUGUUCGGAUUCCGGUUCUGAUGAGGAAAAUGCUCGAGAGAUGAUCGGUAGUAGUUCGAGUCGAUUAGUGGAAGUAAAGAAACAACCUUUUCCUAUGAAACAGAUUUUAGAAAUGGAGAUGAGUUGGUAUACAAGUCCUGAAGAAGAUAUUGGUUCUUCUUCUAGUACUUGUGCUUCUGAUGUUUAUCGCCUCGGUGUCCUUCUCUUUGAGCUGUUUUGUCCUGUCUCUUCAAGAGAAGAGAAGUCAAGAACUAUGUCUAGCUUAAGACAUCGUGUUCUUUCGCCUCAAAUAUUGCUCAAUUGGCCUAAAGAAGCUUCCUUUUGCUUGUGGCUAUUGCAUCCCGAGCCUAGCUUUCGACCAUCGAUGAGUGAAUUGGUACAAAGUGAGUUUAUCAAUGAACCUAGAGAGAGUUUGGAAGAUCGUGAAGCUGCGAUAGAGUUAAGAGAUAGAAUCGAGGAAGAGGAGUUAUUGCUUGAGUUCUUGUUAUUGAUUCAACAGAGAAAGCAAGAAGCUGCAGACAAAUUGAGGGAUACGGUUUCGCUUCUUUCUUCCGACAUUGAUCAAGUCGUAAAACGACAGCUGAGUUUGAAGCAAAAGAGGAACGAGGUCUCGAGAAAACGUAUUAGACAAGGCGUUGAGACAGUAGCAACAGAGGAAUAUGAGGAUGAUACCAUUGAUGCAGAGGAAUCUAAGCUUGAUGAUGAAUACUUAGAGACUGAUCAAGAAAGUAUUCUUCUCGGAAGCUCUCGGUUAAUGAGGAAUUUCAAGAAACUGGAAUCAGUCUACUUUGCAACGAGAUACAGACAAAUCAAGGCUCUAGCUACAGCCGAAAAACCGUUGGCUCGAUAUUAUUCGGCGUUGAGUAGUGAUGGUAGAAGUUCAGAGAAAAGUUCAUUAAGCAACUUGACACAACCACUUAAUGAUUCUAGACAAGGCGCGUGGAUCGAUCCAUUCCUCGAGGGUCUAUGCAAGUAUUUAUCUUUUAGUAAGCUAAGAGUGAAAGCUGAUUUGAAGCAAGGAGAUUUGUUGAACUCGUCUAACCUCGUUUGCGCGAUUGGAUUUGACCGCGAUGGGGAGCUUUUCGCCACGGCUGGUGUCAACAAAAAGAUCAAGAUAUUUGAAUGUGAGUCAAUAAUAAACGAUGGCCGGGACAUUCAUUACCCGGUGGUGGAACUAGUUAGCCGGUCUAAGCUAAGUGGUAUAUGUUGGAACAGCUACAUUAAGAGCCAAAUCGCUUCAAGUAACUUUGAAGGCGUGGUUCAGGUGUGGGAUAUUGCAAGAAGCCAGUUGGUUACAGAGAUGAAGGAGCACGAGAAGCGUGUUUGGUCCAUCGAUAUUUCAUCAGCGGAUCCAACAUUGUUAGCAAGUGGUAGUGAUGAUGGUUCUGUUAAGCUAUGGAGUAUCAAUCAGGGGGUUAGUAUUGGAACCAUCAAGACAAAGGCUAAUGUAUGUUGUGUUCAGUUUCCGUCAGACUCGGGUCGGUCUUUAGCAUUUGGUUCAGCAGAUCACAAAGUUUACUAUUAUGAUUUAAGGAAACCAAAGCUUCCUCUUUGCACAAUGAUUGGUCACAACAAGACCGUGAGUAAUGUCAGGUUUGUAGAUUCAUCAACACUUGUGUCUUCUUCAACGGAUAACUCAUUGAAGCUAUGGGACUUAUCGAUGUCUAAUUCCGGUGUUAAUGAAACGCCUCUUCACUCAUUCAUGGGACAUACUAAUGCAAAGAACUUUGUCGGAUUAUCGGUCUCUGAUGGGUAUAUAGCAACAGGCUCAGAGACCAAUGAGGUUUUUGUGUACCACAAGGCGUUUCCAAUGCCGGUUUUGUCAUACAUGUUCAAAACUAUAGACCCUGUAUCGGGUAUCGAAGUAGAGGAUGCAUCGCAGUUCAUAUCCUCGGUCUGUUGGCGCGGACAAUCCUCGACCUUAGUCGCUGCAAACUCCACUGGAAACAUCAAGAUUCUAGAGAUGGUAUGA